AUGCUCAAAUAUUUUAAGGUACUAUGGUCACUUUUGUUCUUCAGUAUGCUCCAUUUGGUGCUCAUGUCUGGACCAGGUGCUCGGGUUUGGUGGCCACCACAUGGAAUUAUUAAGGUAUAAAUUGCCUACCAGAAAGUAAAUUUGAAUUGGUUCAAUAAAACAAUAGACCUCUGACCUGGCAUAAAACAACCUAUCUGUGACAAAAAUUUGGUAACCUAUGCAAAUCCCUGCCUCUGGUGUCUUGAGAGCUUGAAGUCUCAUGGGAGAAUUAGAUAUCUCUACAAUGGAAGGCGCUAA